AUGGACCCCGCGAUCCUUCGUGAAGUCUCCCUACAUGACCCCGCGGUCCCUUUCCGUACGGUCACUGGCCAUUUGCAUCACACCUGGGCCAGAACGUUCUUCUCGCGUCCCGAACUGUAUAUCCAGCCUCAAACGAUUGCGGAGAUCCAGAAAGUUGUGAAUGUUGCCCGUCGGUGUCGUCGUCGUCUCGUGGUCGUCGGUAGUGGUCACUCGCCUUCCGAUCUGACUUGUACCUCGUCCUGGCUGGUCAAUCUGGACGGUUUCAACCGCGUGUUGGAUGUUUCGCAAGAAACCAAGGUUAUUACGGUGGAGGCUGGGAUUCGAUUGAGGGAUCUAGGCGCAGAGUUGGAAAAGCAUGGGUUGACCCUGGGGAAUUUGGGCAGCAUCGAUAGUCAGUCGGUUGCGGGAGUUAUCGCGACGGGCACACAUGGAAGUUCACUGCAGCAUGGACUGAUCUCGGAAAAUAUUAUUUCACUGACCUUGAUGCUGGCCAACGGACAACUGGUGCGCUGCAGUGGGACGAGUAACCAGGCGCUGUUCCGCGCGGCGCUCAUCUCUCUGGGCGCGCUGGGAAUCGUCGUCGAGGUCACUUUGCAGGCUGAACCGACGUUCAAGAUUUCCUGGACGCAGACACGGCGUCACCUCUCCAGCGUUCUGGAUGACUGGUCGUCUGGGUUAUGGACUUCUCACGAAUUUGUUCGCGUCUGGUGGAUGCCGUAUCAAAAGAGUGCGAUCGUUUGGCAUGCCGACAAGACUGACUUGCCCCUCCAGGCGCCGCCAAAGACCUUCUAUGGGGAGAAUCUGGGCUACCAUAUUUAUCAUAACUUGCUAGCCCUAUCGAACUAUUUCCCCCGGAUUCUCCCUUGGGUGGAAUGGCUCGUUUUCGGUCUUCAAUAUGGAUUCCGGGCCGAAAAGACAGUAACGAAGGCAGUGGAGCCAGCCCGAACGGGACUCCUGAUGAACUGCCUUUACUCGCAAUUUGUCAACGAGUGGGCGCUGCCUUUGGAAAAAGGCCCCGAGGCCAUCACGAGAUUGUCAGCCUGGCUGCAUGGCGAUCUGGAAACCGCGCGUAUCCCUUUCCCGGUGGAGGGAGUGUGGGUCCAUUGCCCCGUUGAAGUGAGAGUCUCGGAUUCUACACGUAACGGGAAACCUCGUCCGUUCCUCGACCCUACAUGCUCUGAUGGGCCGACUUUGUACCUUAAUGCAACUCUCUACCGUCCCUAUCUCCGAGACCCGCCUUGCAAGGACCGGUAUUACGAGGCGUUUGAGUGGCUUAUGCGAGAGAUGGGUGCGAGGCCACAUUGGGCGAAGAAUUUCCAAACAACAGCCUCAGAGAUCUGCAAGCUAUACGGGAAUGACAUGGAUGAGUGGCUAAAGGUACGCCAGGAUGUGGAUGGGGAUGGCAUGUUCCUUGGCGAGUGGCAUUAUCGCAACCUUGUCUUGUCUGGUGACGAAGGUGCGUCGGCGUCAACAGAACCCAAACCCCUUUGCAUGCUGGAACGCGAAAAGACUCGUCGCCGAAUAAAUAUACAAGGAUCUGGUGAUGGUAUUGAAUGGAUCGGAGAUAAACGAUGGGAGACGAUAGACGAGACUACUUCCCAGUUGGCUCCAGAGAAUAACAGUCAAGGUGGCUUGUGGGAGAUAACGAGCCCAAGUACCCCAGCAACAGUGACUAGUGAAGAAAGUUUCGACCUCCUCGCAUCCAGGAUUAUUCCUGAUCACCGCUUGUGA